AACCCCGAUCCGACCCGUCCUCCUCGAGACGGAGCUAGUUUUGGAAAGGGAUGGCGUCCUGCGGCUCCGCUUGCGACCAGUCCCACUGCCGGCGGCCGGAUGACAGCGGCGGCGCAGAGGAGGAUGUGCCGGAGAGGUUCUCCGCAUCCCGUGAUUCUGACACAUCGAAGACUGCCGGAGGCGGGGACUUGGCGCGCUGCAGCAAGUGCGGAGAGGAGCCCAAGGCGGGGACGCAUAGGGUACUCAACGGGAUGUGUGCAUCCUGCUUCCGUUCCUACCUAUACGGCAAGUUCAAGCUCGCCGUCUCCACGAACGCCAUGAUCUCCCCCACUGACAAAAUCCUCGUCGCCUUCUCCGGCGGCCCGGGCUCCAGAGUAGCUCUACAAUUUGUUCAUGAGAUGCAGAAGAAAUCACUGGAAAGCUGGGAUGCAAGUAAAUCUCAAUCUUUCCCGGUUUUCGGUGUGGGUGUUGCUUUCGUUGAUGAAAGUAUAAGCUCUGUGAUCCCAUCACCCGAAUUAGACAGGAUCUUCAAACAUAUCAAGUUGAUCGUGUCAUCUCUGGUUCCUGGUCAUAAGGAUUUGCAUAUUGCACCAAUUGAGGAUGUAUGUUCUAUGGGUUCUGAUGAUGGAACAACUAGAUUGAACAAGUUACUGAAUUCAGUCUCUGAUGCUACUGGAAAAGAAGAUUUUCUGGAUCAUUUGUGCAUGCUUUCAUUACAAAAGAUUGCUUUGGAUAAUGGAUACACUAAACUUGUGAUCGGGUCCUGCUCAUCAACUAUAGCACGCCAUGUAAUAUCAGCAACUGUUAAGGGUCAAGGUUACUCGCUUCCCGCUGACGUGCAGUAUGUGGAUGCAAGGUGGGAAGUUCCAGUCGUGCUUCCUCUUCGUGAUUGCUUAACAGAUGAACUAAGUUUGCUUUGUCAGCUUGAUGGUCUGGAGACACUGCAGCUGUCCAAGAGGCCUUCCAGCUCUAAUAGUAUCAACAAUUUGGUUUCAUCAUUCAUAUCCCGCUUACAGGAUGACAACCCUGCCCGUGAGCGCACUAUUGUAAGAACUGCAGAAAAGCUCAAGCCAUUUGGAUUCAACAAGUUUGUUGAGAAUAAAUACCAUGAGUUCAUCCCUUCUCGUCUGCGUUGCAAGUUUCAGAAUACCAACAAUGGUGGAUCUGAUCUCGCCGAGGUCUUUUGCACAUUCUGCAUGAGUCCUCUAAGUGAGUCAGAACUCCAUGACAUGCAUGGAAAGUCCCAAACUUUGGUUGACACAUUUACCGCAGCUUGUUGCCAGAGCUGUUCAUUCCAGAUCUUGCCAAAGGAGUCUGAAUCUCUCCAACACUUCCUUUCCUUCCUACCACAAUCAAUGACAAGAAAAGUGGCAGAUAGCACGUUGGAACAAAGUCUGCUGAGGGAAAUGAUAGAUGAUUGUCUGCUGGUUGAUGAUGAUGCUGAUGGUGAUAGAACUUAAAAGUAUAAAACCAUCUCGCCAUUCUCAGCUUUUCUCAUGGUAAUGCAUAAUCAUCAUAAAGUUUUUAACAUUA